AUGAAAGAAAAGUUAUUAGAGACAGAUACAUUAGAGGAAUAUAAAAAAAUCCACAAAAAAAAGUACGAGGAAAGAUUGAUGAUUGAAAAGGAAAUGUUAGAAAAGCAAAAGACAGAAGAAGAAACUAAUGAAAAAAUUAAAAAGGAACAAGCUUAUAAACAAUUACAAAUUGAGAAAGAUAAGGAAUAUUCAAUUCAAUAUUACCAUGAAAUAAAUAACCUACAACGUACAAAUACAACAAGUGCCGAUAGUAAUUUACCUAUGCUUAACAGCUACACAGAAAGGUUAAUAAACACUCCACAUUACGCCUACAUGCCAGAUGUCACAUCACAUGGUCUCUUGGAUAACGGUUCAGGGGAACCCAUUUCACAAAGGAUACGAAAUUUUUUUUCAAGCAGGAACCCUAGACAGUACUUGGGACGUAGUAGGGUUCAAAUAAUUUGUAACAUUAUUCUUUUCAUAUUUAUCAUCACAUGUAUUGCUAUUUUUGCCUUCUUGUGA